ACCAUGAGGAAAUAUUGUACCAAAAUGAAUCAUAGAGCGGCGGAGGGAUGUUCUGCGGCGGAAUGAGUCGUGAACGCAAGCAGCAGCUGAUGGAUGAGGUCGAGGGUUUGCCAUUUCACAGAGAAAGAGAGCAGAUGAGCGUUGAAUGAGCUGAAUUCACUGCUGGAUAUCUCGUAUGAUGGAACGGGCGAUGGAGCAUCUGAACGUGCAGCUGAAUAGAUUGACGCGCUCUUUGCGUCGCGCCAGGACUGUGGAGCUCCCCGAAGACAGUGAAACCGCAGUGUACACCCUCAUGCCCAUGGUCAUGGCUGACCAGCACAGGUCAGUUUCUGAAUUGCUUUUAAACUCUAAGUUUGAUGUCAACUACGCCUUUGGACGUGUUAAAAGAAGCCUUCUACACAUCGCUGCCAAUUGUGGAUCAGUAGAGUGUCUUGUCCUGCUGUUAAAGCGUGGAGCGAAUCCGAACUAUCAGGACAUUUCCGGCUGCACACCUCUGCAUCUGGCUGCCAGAAACGGGCAGAAGAAAUGUAUGGGCAGACUGUUAGAGUACAAUGCUGAUGUUAAUAUCUGCAAUAAUGAAGGCCUCACUGCUAUUCAUUGGCUUGCAGUGAACGGACGGACAGAAUUACUUCAUGACCUGGUGCAGCACGUGACUAAUGUUGACGUGGAGGAUGCCAUGGGACAGACAGCCUUACAUGUGGCCUGCCAAAACGGACACAAGACUACAGUGCAGUGUCUUCUGGACAGUGGAGCAGACAUCAACAGGCCCAAUGUGUCUGGAGCUACACCACUCUAUUUCGCCUGCAGUCACGGUCAGAGGGACACGGCACAGAUUCUCCUCCUCAGGGGAGCCAAGUAUCUUCCGGACAGGAAUGGGGUUACACCACUCGACUUGUGUGUUCAGGGCGGCUAUGGCGAGACGUGUGAAAUUCUCAUUCAGCAUCAUGGCCGACUGUUUCAGACGUUGAUACAGAUGACCCAGAAUGAUGACAUUAAAGAGAACAUGCUGAGGCAGGUUCUAGAACAUGUUUCGCAGCAGAAUGACUCCAACUACCAAAGGAUCUUGACCAGCUUGGCGGAAGUGGCCACCACAAAUGGACACAAACUGCUGAGUUUGUCCAGUAACUUUGAUGUCCAAACUAAGAGUUUACUGCGGAUCAUUCGGAUCUUCUGCCACGUGUUCUGUCUUGGACCGUCUUCCCCAAACAAUGGGAAUGACAUGGGCUACAAUGGAAAUAAGACGCCCCGUAGCCAAGUGUUUAAGCCUCUGGAGCUGUUAUGGCACUCUCUGGAUGAAUGGUUGGUGCUCAUCUCCACCGAGCUGGAGAAGGAGAUCACAGACGCCACACGCUCGUCCUCAGGAAAUGACAUCGCCUCUCUCUUCCUGAAAAAGCAGGAAGUUGACCCCUCAGUUUCCAGUGAAAACCCUCCGCUUCUGCUGGAUGCCAGUUCUGUGAUGAAGACGCCCGAGGUUUACGCUGACGGUCAGGAUGUCAUCUCAAUGAUCGCCAAUCGCCUGAGCGCUGUCAUCCAGGCCUUCUACAUGUGCUGCUCCUGUCAGAUGCCACACGGCAUGACCUCCCCACGAUUCAUCGAGUUUGUCUGCAAACAUGAUGAAGUGCUGAAAUGUUUUGUGACGAGGAAUCCCAAAAUCAUCUUCAACCACUUUCACUUUCUGCUGGAGUGUCCUGAGCUCAUGUCUCGCUUUAUGCACAUUAUCAAGGGCCAGCCGUUUAAAGACCGGUGUGAGUGGUUUUAUGAACAUCUUCUUGCUGGACAGCCAGACUCCGAUAUGGUGCAUCGGCCGGUUAAUGAAAACGACAUCCUUCUCGUGCACAGAGAUUCAUUAUUCAGAAGCAGCUGUGAAGUCGUAUCCAAGUCCUCCAAUGAGAAACUCAAGCAAGGCAUCGCCGUGCGGUUUCACGGUGAAGAGGGAAUGGGUCAGGGAGUGGUCAGAGAGUGGUUUGACAUUCUUUCCAAUGAGAUCAUCAACCCUGAUUAUGCACUCUUCACGCAAUCUGCCGAUGGUACCACAUUUCAACCCAACAGUAACUCCUCUGUAAACCCGGAUCAUCUGAACUACUUCCGAUUUGCUGGUCAAAUCCUGGGUCUGGCACUCUAUCAUCGACAGCUGGUGAACAUCUACUUCACACGCUCCUUUUACAAGCAUAUUCUGGGAAUCCCAGUGAGCUAUCAGGAUGUGUCUUCCAUUGACCCAGAGUAUGCAAAAAAUCUUCAGUGGAUUCUGGACAACGACAUCAGUGACCUCGGCCUGGAGCUCACCUUCUCUGUCGAGACUGAUGUGUUUGGCACAAUGGAAGAGGUUCCUCUCAAACCAGGAGGAACUACCAUUCAGGUCACCCAAGACAACAAGGAGGAGUAUGUGCAGCUGGUGACGGAGCUCAGGAUGACCCGAGCGAUUCAGCCGCAGAUCAAUGCUUUCCUGCAGGGCUUUCACACUUUCAUCCCCCCCUCGCUCAUCCAGCUCUUUGAUGAAUAUGAGCUGGAGCUGCUGUUAUCAGGCAUGCCUGAAAUCGAUGUGAUGGACUGGAAGAGGAACACCGAGUACACCAGUGGCUAUGACCUGCAGGAGCCUGUUAUACAGUGGUUUUGGGAAGUGGUUGAAAAUCUCACUCAAGAAGAAAGAGUGCUUCUCUUACAGUUCGUGACAGGAAGUUCGAGGGUCCCUCAUGGAGGCUUUGCUUUUCUCAUGGGUGGCAGUGGUCUGCAGAAGUUCACUGUCGCCGCUGUGCCCUACACAUCAAACCUACUGCCUACCUCUAGUACAUGCAUUAACAUGUUGAAGCUCCCAGAAUACCCCAGCAAGGACGUCCUGCGGGAUCGCUUGCUCGUCGCACUGCAUUGUGGGAGUUACGGAUACACCAUGGCGUGACACAGGUUUUCUGUAUUAGCUGUGAUUUUUCUGCUUUAGAGACACGACGCGCGCACACACACACGCACACACACACACACACGACUCAGUUCAGGGAUUCCUCAACACUAUAAUUCAAAACAUUUCUUUUUUUGGCUAAAUGAAGUCACUGACAAGGUCAUCAGUGAAUAAUGACAAGGUUUAUUGAUUCUUCAGACACUGAGGCUGCUUUGAUGUUUGUCAUAUUUCAUCAUAAAUUCAAGACAACACAAUAUUUUGCAUAAAGGAAACAUUUUAAUAGUCUUUUUUUGUUCAACUUUUUUUCCAUUGCUGAAACUGUCAAUUUACUGUAUUAUAUCAGAUACACUAUUAUUAUUGCAACUAUUAUUAUUAUUAUUAUUAUUAUUAUUAUUAUUAUUAUUAUUAUUAUUAUUAUUAUUAUUACUAUUACUAUUAUUAUUAUUAUUAUUAUUAUUAUUAUUAAUGU